AUGAACACCGCCAUUUCCGGUCCUACCAAGGCCGGAUGCAAUAGCAAGGUUACCUGCUACGGCGCCGGGCAUGGCAGGAGGAGUGGCCACUGCCGGUGCAAGGUGAGGGCGCGUGCAGCGGCCACGGCUAGCAAGAGCACCGACUACUACAAGGUGCUGUCGCUGGAACACUCGUCGGACGUCGGCGCGGAGGAUGUCAAGCGCGCGUACCGGCGGCUAGCUCUGCAAUACCACCCGGACGUGUGCCCGCCGUCCCGCCGGGCCGAGUCUACGGAGCUCUUCGUCGAGAUCCGCCGCGCCUAUGAGACGCUGUCCAACCCUGCUACGAGGGUGCAGUACGAUGCCGAACUCAGGACGGGCUACACGGCGGCGAGGCCAGUGGCGGAUGGGUUCGCGAGGGACGUCUGGGAGGCGCAGCUGGGUGUGCUGCGGGCGCGGUCCGAACGGCGGCAGAAUGCAAGGAGGAGGUGCAGCGGCAACAGGCUCUAG